UCCUCUCCUCUCUCUCUCUCUCUCUCUCUCUCUGGUUUCGAUUAGGUCCUUUUGUCGGCCCAAUAGUAAAGUGUUUUCUUCCUUGUCUUAGAGUCUUUGAUUCUGUCAAAGGGGUUUCUUCAAGUAGUUGUGGUUGUGCUGCUUUAAUUUGUUGGCCGGGGGUUUGGUGUGUUCACUCUCAUUUUCAGUCUUCAAUUUUUUUUUUUUUGAAGUUUGAAAACUUUGAUCUCGUUCUUCUUGAUAAAUCUAGUGUUGGGCUUUCAGGAUUUUCAGCGGCGGAGUCUCUCUCUAGGGUUUGUUUUCUUAGAAGUUCUUUUGCUUUUAAAUUACGGUUCUUCGCAAGCAAUUUCUGUUCUCGCCGAUCGAGCUCAUCUGAAAACGCCGGUCUGUUUUUUGCAGACUUGAAAAGUUUUGCAUCCAAGCUGAGGUUGCUGUCUCUUGGCUUUUAUCACUUUCCAGUCAAAUUUAUAUGGUGUACGUAGCUUUAAAGAAAAGUAGUCUAGGUAUAUUUCUUCUUGUUUAGGAAUCCUUUUGGUUUAAUUCAGUAAAGCUCUUUCACCAGUACUAGAGAUUAGACCAGUUUCCAAGCAUGGCUCCAUCAGGCAAAAGAAUUAAAGCAAGAAGAAGAAGCAGCACAACAAAACCCAGAAGAAGAAGAACCCAUUACAAGAAGCUCUCCAAGAUUCAAGAAACUCCCCUUGAUAUGGCAGCAGCCACCAGUGCUACUUCCUCCUCCAUCAUCACCUAUUCAAAGACUAUCAAGAGAAAAACUACUACUUUAAUUCCCAAUGAUUCCAAUAGCUGCAGCCAAACACCGGAAAAGAAGUCGGUUUACGAUUCCAAUAGCUGCAACCAGACACAGCUGGAAAACGUUUCGGUUGUUUCUCCCGAUAGGAACGGAGCGUGCUCCAUUAAUGGUGCUCAUGAAGUCAUUUCCAGUACUACUACUGGGUGCUCAACUCCCAAAGGCCAGCGGUUCCGAAUACCGGAGAUUUUAACGUGUCCCCGGGCACCCAUGAAGCGAAGAGCUUUGCAGAAUUGCUCAGUGAGAAGAGGCCCAAUAGCUUUCUUUGCUCCUCCAGAUAUAGAGCUCUUCUUUCUCUUUGCACUCGGCCAUGUCCCAGCAGCCUGACUUGUUUUUGCCCUGUCUUCAUUUUUUUUUUAAAGUAAGAUGAUAUAUCAUGCCGUUAGCUUUUUAGUUUGAGUUCUUCAUGAGUUUGAUUGAGUCUGAGAACUUGUGAGUUCUAUCUUAGGGUACUGUAGGGUAUACUAAUGAGAUAAUUUUAGGUUGUGGGUUUGCUCAAGUUUUUUUUUUUUUAAAAUUUUUUAUUUGGUCAGCUCAUAUUGUUUUAGUUUGUAGCUGAUUUGCUGGGUGUUACUUAGAUUUUUUUUUGGUGGGUUUCUUUUUUUUUUUUUUUUUUUUUUGUGGGGUUUGAUUAAUUGAGGUUGAAGUUGCCAGUGUUUGUAUUUUAAGUCAACCUGAGAAAGUAAAAUAAUAGACUUAAUUACUUUUGUAUUUCA